AUGAGUGACUGCGCCACAGUGAGGGGCAUUUUAAUUCGCACUAUUGAGGAAGUGACCAGAUCGGGCAAUGGCAGCUCUCAAGCCGGCUGGGAGUGUUUGAGACUAAAGUCCCUGACACUCGCCUACAAGCCUCACCAAGACGAGAAGCUGACCGGGUCGACCGGCUCAUCUCACGCCCGCCAAGACUGGGCAAACUGUGGCUGCGGCGCUAAAUGGACCAGAAUGGAUUCGCCCAGACUUAAGGCUGAGGAGAUCCCCAUCUCGACCCAGUCGCCCAGCAAUAACAUCGUGGCCGUGAGGACUCCAACUGGCCUGCAGGAGACACACGCAAGGGCAUCUGCAUGGCCCCCAAAACGAAGAGCAGGAACAGGGCACACGAUUGAUGCUCCCAAAGUGACCACGGAUCCCCAACCGGAGAUACAUGAUUCCUCUUACAUGAUUGGAACCCGAUGUUUCAACUUUUUGAGGCUAGUAGCUUACCCCUCGACUGCCCCUCCUGGACAAUUCCGUGCCCAUCACAUCGCUCCACGAGGCUGUGGCUUGGUGCUUCUCGCCCUCACUGCCGCUCAAUUAUUCGGUUUCUCCUGGCCUGUGUCCACUCCCUUCACUGGAUGUGAUCUUCCCCUCGAUCCACCCUUUCACAGAUGGGCGAUGGAGGGGCGCCCCAAGAGAGCUGAAGAUGCUGAGUAG